UUACCUCUGGAAAACAAAACUUAAGAAGAAACAUGGGUGAAACAACUUUUUCUCCCCCUGAUGAUAAAUCAAAUGGAAAGGUUUGUUUUUGCAGCCUUUUGCAUAAUAACACCCUGUUGUCAAAGAGGGGAGGAAGGAAGGAAGGAGGGAGGGAGGGAGGAGGAAACUGAGGCUGGAAGAAAAGCAACAUCCAGACAGUGAGGAGUGAAAUGCUGUAGAUUUAAGAAGCCACACUUCUCACAUGGACCUUUUUUUUUUUUAAAUGUUCUGGAUGCAGAGUGAGAAAUAAAGUGUCACACAGAUCAAUAUCUUCUGCAGGGGCGUUAUCUCUGAGUCUAAAGUCUUUUUUUCUGCAUGAUGCCACGUUGAGGUGACGCCUGUGAUGAUCUGAGCAGACGCAGUGAUCCUCCUGAGUCUGCGGGGAGCGGACAGAAAACUUCUCUCGUCUUUUUCUCCACUUUUCCUCCGCGUCCUCUCCGCUUCUCCGGGCGUUCCUCCCCCGCCGUCCUCAUGCCGCCGGCCCGCCGCAGCGCGCUGGACUGACGGCCGCCCCGGAGGAAUGGCAUCGGCCGUGUUCGAAGGGACGUCGCUGGUCAACAUGUUCGUCCGGGACUGCUGGGUCAACGGGAUCCGGAGACUCAUCAUCAGCCAGCGGGCCGAGGAAGAGGAGUUCUACGAGAUCAGGACCGAGUGGUCGGACAGGAACAUCUUAUACUUGCACCGCAGUUACUCCGACCUGGGCCGGCUCUUCAAAAGACUGCUGGAGUCCUUCCCCGAGGACAGACGAGACCUGUCCAAGUGUCCCCUCAUAGAAGGGCUGGUAAAGAUCAAAGAGGCGAAUGACAUCGAAGAGAAGCUGAAUGAGGUGGAACGAUUACUGAAGAAUGCCAUCAACAUGCCAUGCAAGUACUCCAGGUCAGAGGUGAUGUUGACGUUCUUCGAGCGGUCACCGCUGGACCAGGUGCUGAGGAAUGACAAAGUCCACAGAAUCCAGCCGUGCUUUCAGAGUCCGAUCAAGAUAUCAGAAAUCAUGCGGUCGAAUGGAUUCUGUCUGGCCAACACAGAAACCAUCGUGUUUGAUCACAGUAUCCCUGAGGAGAAGGAGAGGCCUUCGUCCACAGACUCUGUGGAGCAUACGUACGAGGACGGAACAGAGUUUUUGCCGAUGGAAUCAGACGUGUGUGAUGAGGAAACAGAGGCGUAUGUCACCAACCUCUCGUACUACCAUCUGGUCCCGUUUGAGACUGACAUCCUAGAAUGAGGAUUUGACACAACAGGACAGUGGACGGUUGAUGUUGACCUUUCAGACUCUUAAAUGGAUCCAAGCUAUGCAAUGCUGCACAUAGCUGCUCCACUUAAUGCUGCUUCAAGUUUUAUAGCCCAUUUCAGAGUCGGGCAGGUGCCCAGUACGCACCGAAACAUUAAUGUGACGUCACCAGUGUGCCUCGUCCACAGCAAGUGUUUGAACAGAUUCAAAUAAGAAGGAUAUAAAAGUCUUCAGACUAUAGAAGGCGUUCAUCAUGUGAUGGAACCUGUGGCGGCCACAGUUGUUGUCCUCAGGUCCCAUGACCACUUUAAAAGAACAGAAUUUUUAUACACCAGUGACUGCAACCACGAGGGGGCGAGAACCAUCCACUGUUACUUUUCUGAAUUUACCAGCUCUCCUUCUGUUUCUACAUCUUCCAUAAUCAUAUAUAGUAUCUGUGAGCAGAUCUGCGAAGCAUCUGCUUCCUCUCCUUCAAACUGUUCUCCACAGUGUUACCACUCUGCUGUUUGAUUUGCUGUGGGAAGACAGGAAGCUGUCAUGAAGCACUGUGUAUCAUCUUUCUUUAUGGUUUCCACCAGCAUUUAGGAGUUUUUUUUAAUGUACCAGCUUAAAACUCUUUUUCUUUUCUUGCCGUGAUAUGCAGUAGAUUCUUUGACAUGAGAGUUUCCUAAGAUCCAGGUGAAUCGAGGCAAAAAUCAGCUCAAUAAUUUGAAUUACUUAAAUCUGCAAAAAUGAAAUGUGUAGCUAUGCAAAGUCUUCUGGCCUAUAAAGAUCUGAAAUUAUGAACUUUACAAGAAGACUCGAAGCCAGAGUGUGGUGCUAGAGAUCAGACGUCGGCAGAUAUAAUGGUUCGGGCAUCUCCACAGAAUGGACCAGAGACCGCCCUAAGAUCUGUGAUGGCCGAGCCGAACGAGAUGGGUCUGACAUGGGAAGUGGCCCAACAGGAAGCCCAGGACAGACCCAGACGGAAGCAGAUCUUCUUAUGCCCCUCAAGGGACGUAGAGGAGAUAGUAAUGAUAAUAAUAAUAAUAAUAAUAAUAAUAGUAGGAUUUUCAUAGCUGUAUUUACUUGCCUUUGUUUCACUUGGUUCUUGGAUCACUGUCAAGUAAAAGAACAUGAAAUAAAUAUUAAGUGCCAUUAUCAUUUUCUUAUAACACACUCUUUCCAAAGCGAGAACUAAAUCCUGCCCUUUUUGGACGUUGGCGAGAGUUUUUAGAGACGUUUUCUCAGAAUAAUAAAAUUGAAUGUGUGUUCAUGGUGUAGCAUGUUACGUUGCUUAUUUUGUUGUUUAAAGACCAGUAUUGUCAUGUAUCUAAGAAUGUGCGUCGCCUUUAGGUGGAUAACUGAAUCAUCUCUGUUGCCGUCUGGUGAAAUAGGGCAAAGAGCGCUUUGUUUUAUGGGUCAGUUGAGGUCGUACGUGACCCGCUCUGUAGGAUGACGUGAGUGGGUUCCAGCAGAUAUCUGACUGUGGGAGUCUGCAGCUCGUUCUGCGAACGGGGAACAAGUCCUCCCUUUUUCUAAAGACAAACAACCUUGCUGUACUUUCUAUAGGAAAAGAGACUUGAUUAAAAUCCGUGUCUUCUCUAUGUUUUGUGGGUCCUGGCGCAAUAAGAAGAGUGUUUUCACUUGUGUAACUGAAACUGUGGAGCUCAGCUGAGCAUCGCGUGGAAUCUGAAUGCAGCUGAAAUGUACAAAUUACAUUUCUGUGUCGUGUGAAGUGUAUGGAAGCCCAUCGGCAUUCAUUGUGUUGUCAGUGCAGAAGUCAUUGUGGCUGUACAAUGUAGGCUCACAGCUUGAGUCCAGUUUUCCACCCUUCCAAACACAAAGGCAUUCAACCCUCACAAUCUUGGCACACAGGACACACAGGACGGUCCUCGGCAUGAAUCUAUUUUGUAACACAGUCAUGAUCACGACUCGCCCCGUGAGAAAGUCCAGCUCUUUCUCAGGGUGUGAAACUAUUUCUUGCUCUUUUUGUUCUUUCUUUUCUCCGAGAACGACAUCUUGAAUUGAUAGAUAUUCUUUGAAAAUAAAGGUUUCAGCUCACACAGAG